UAUAGCAAAUUGAUCUCCCCAAAGGACACGGGGCGUAAUGAAGAGAGAGAGGAAAAGUUGCUCGAGAGGUGUCCUCCUGGCCAUGAGGGCACAAAGUUGAUCGACAUACCCGCGACAAUUCUUGAUGCAUCCGGUGGCAUCAUCGCAUGGUACCUCCCAGAUGCCUUGACCGAUGCCACCCAGAAUGAAAUUUGGGCGGCCUCGGAUUUGCUAGCUCCCAUGCUCGAACAAAGCAUAAAGCUCGAUGGGAUUUGGCGGACUAAUCAACAGUGGUUCACACCAAGCUCGGAAAAUGAUGUCCUAACUCCCGGAUGCGUUAAUUUAUCUCCGGCAUGGUUUCAGCAGGGGCACAAGAAUCAGUCCGAUCCGGAGGUAUCUGCAUCAUUGAAGGGACCAUCCUCCAAGAACAUCCUCAAAGCCAUUGCGAGGCCAGCAGCCAUUGCCACAGCAGCACUCAGGGUGAUGCAUCCUGAGCAGUACUGGGCAGGGUUGCAAGCCUUUGCGAGCCUCGGAGAAAAGGCACGAAGCAAGGAACUGCCGAAGAUGUCAGAGACUCUCCAGUACUGGGCAACGGUGUUUAACAGCCUCACCAUCAUAUGCAAUCGGGAAACCCCAAAUCAUCGAGACCCCUCAUCGAUUUCCGAAUGCUUCGAUAUUCUCACUAGCAUGGGGAAUUAUUCUAAUGCUCGGAUGAGUAUGCCAAGCCUGCAGCUGGAGUUAAGGUACGAUCCGGGG